UCCGCCCGCGACCCUUCUCCCCCUCGCACCACUCUCAAAAAACACCACCUGCUCUGGGCCCCACGCGCUCCUCCCCCGCUGGCCCAUUAGCUCACCAUGUUCUCCGAAUAUGCCUCCCGCUUCCUCGCACAGUCGCAGUCGCGUCUGCUCGGCGCACAGGAGAACGCGGACCACCGGGGCCACCACGACCGCCGCUCCAGCCGCCAUCAUCACCCAGGGCACUCCCGCUACCAGACCUCACGUUCCUAUCUGCAGCGCCCGUCCAACAUGCCAAACCCCUACCAGCCCAGUGCAUCGCAAAUAUCCCGCUUUCCUUUCGCCUCGAGGACCUCGGCCGCGCCCGCUCCGCUCUUCUACAGUGCCACGGACGACUUCCGGGAAGAGGACGACAACGAGGAGCGCGAACGCGAGGUCGCCGACUUUUACGCCCUGCAGCGGUCGCGAAAGCAGUUUGGCGGCAGUCAUUUGACCGAAUCCUCCGAUCUCGACGAGGCCGAGGAAGACAGGUUGGUGUCGGACCACGGCCCGGGCGAGGAAGACGACGACGAUGACGACGGACCGACCUUCAGCAGGGGCAUUCGCAGCUCGUGGAAGGGGAGCCGUUUUACCGCGAGAGGGCGAGAACCUACGGUACCACCGAUCAAGGAAGGGGAUGGAAGGGAGCAAAGCGUCGGGAUGUCGGAAGCGAGCGCUCCCAGCAGCAAGGGAAAGGGCAGGCUGGUUGAUGUGGAGUUGACUUCGACGGAGAAGGACAGCCUCGACGACUUCAACGAAGACAUUUCCGACCAUGCCAACGACGACUCGCCUCCAUCGUUGCAGCAGUUCCGGCGGCCGCCGGGCAUCAAACCGCCCCGUAUCCCCUUGCACACGGCUCUCCCCAUACCUCAGGAGACGGACGAGGAGAUGCUCCUCUCAAACCCUGCACGACCCAUAAGCCCCGACCGCGAGACGAUAGUCUCGCCUCAACCCGACGAAACCGAGUUCAAGCAUGACACUUUCUGGUCCUUUGCGUUUGCAAUCGCUGCAGCGGCGUACUUUGGGACGGCGUUCUUGGUCUACUUCCACACCGCGGCGCCGGAAAAGAAGUACCCGCUGGGCGACACCAUCUAUACCACGCUCCAUUCUUCUUUCCACCUGCUGUCGGUGUACACGCUCGUUUCAAUGAUCGUGGCAGGACUCUGGCUCGCCGUUUUGCACUACUUCAUGCGGCCACUGAUCAGGCUGAUGAUGCUCGGAGUUCCCGUUAUUUUGAUAUCCUUCACAUUUUAUCCGUUUGUCUCCAGCUUCAAGGGAUUUUGGCACGGCGCUAGCGUCCAGGACAGGGCGAUGCGCUGGCUGUCACUGUUGCCAGGCGUUUGUGCGGUCGUCUGGGUGUACACCGUUUACCAGGGGCGUCGCUCGCUGCAUCGGGCAUCGCGGAUUCUCGAGCUGGCCAGCCGUGUGCUUACGGCUAGCCCGGCACUGCUUAUGGUUGGUAUCAUUGUGCUUGCGGCCACAGUUUGCUGGACCUGGAUUUGGAUCGCCGUGUUUACGCGUCUCUUCCUGGAAGGCCACUUUAAGCGAUUGGACGGCACGGUGACGCUCUGGAUCAUCGACUUCAGCACAUGGUGGCUGGGCGUCUUCUACGUCCUUUUCUAUCUGUGGACGCUUGGCGUCAUCGCCGGCAUCCAGCGCUCCCUCACCUCCGCGACCGUCAGUCAGUGGUACUUCCACCGGCACGCGAUGCCCAAGCCGACUAGCCGACAAGUCGCAACGGCCUCGUUCUUCCACGCCACAGGCCCAAUGUUCGGCACCGUGUGCCUGAGCACUUUCCUCUCACUGGCGCUGCGGCUCCCGCUAAUCCUGCUCCCGCGCCGCUUCGCCUCGCUCAUCAGCAUCUGCGUCUACCAACUCAUCCCGACGAGCAUCAUGACGUUGACGAACCCGCUCACGCUGACGUACGCCAGCAUCCACAGCAUGGACCUCUCGCGGGCGGCGCAUGGGCUGGCGCAGCUGUCGUUUGUGUCGAAAAGCAGCCCGACGACGACGCUGACGCCACGGUCCUUCUCGAGCCCCUCGGGCCAUGAGCUGGUGCCGUACCGGCUGGCGAAGCUGCUGCUGCACGCGACGCGCUUCGUCAUGGCGCUGGCGCUGGGGUUCGGGGGCUGGGUGAGCACGGCGCGCGUGCUCGCCGUGUCCGGGCACAAGGGCAGCCUGUACGCGUACGUAGUGGGCAUGCUGGCGGCGACGAUUGGCUGGGGCGUGCUGGGCGCCAUGGAGGGCGUGCUGGGCGGCAUCCUCGACGCGCUCAUCGUGUGCUGGGGCAGCGAGGUCGGCAGCAAGGGCCAGGGCGCCUCGAGGUAUUGCCCCGAGGCCGGUGAGCUGUUUGGCGAGUCGGGCGGCCGGUAUUCGUGAGAUUGCUACUGUGGUGCUGGUGGUGAUGAGUCGCAAUCGAUCGUUUAUACUCAUUGCCUUGCCUACUCGCUGCUCGCUCGUUGAGAGAUGAGCUUCACCGUUUCUCGUCGACUACCUCCUUUCCUCUUUAUAGUCGUCGUCGUUGUUUUCUUUCCUCUUUGCUUUCGGUCGUCAAUUACGGGAGCGUUAGGCGUUUCCAGGUUUCCAGGUUUUCUAGGGGUUAUAUAGGUAAAGGUAUAGGUAUAGGGUCCGGUCCGGUCCGGUCCGGUCCGGUCCAACCCAGUUUUCUUU